UCAGACGCAGGGGGCGGGCCCGCCGGGCACGCACGGCGGAGUGUGUCGCUCCGCUCCAUUGACGCGGCUCCGCGGGUCAGAGGAGGUGCAAGCGGGAGAGAGGGCGACCGAGCCGGGGAGAGCGAACUUCACAGAGACCCUUCAGCUCCAGCGGCUCCACUGCGCUGGACCCCCCACACGAACUUUGACACCGGUUUAUCCCCGCUGACGUCCCCGCACAAGAGCGACGGUGCUCGCUCUCGGAGCCGGCGGAAGGUGCGGCGGAGGCGGCGGCGGCGGCGGCGCGGGGCGAAGGUACUGAGGGAGGGAGGGAGGGGGCGAGCCCGGUGAGGGAGUAACCGUUGAGCCGGAGAACCGACCGGAGAGAAAGGUGACGGUUCAUCCGAGGGGGACGCGGAGACAGGCGGACCGGCAGCGACGAGGACUCGGUUGACGGACUCAGCCACAGGUAGCUCCCUCCUCCCCCCCACCGCGGCAGCAGCACCACCGCGGCGGAAGAAGCAAAGUGCCCGGCGGGUCAUGCGGAUUCCUCCGGUUCGCCGGUCGGAGCGGUGAGUCGCAGCUGUAGCAGCCGAGACGAAGACGAGAAAGAGGCAGAACACAGAAGAACCACACCGGCCCCGUCUCUUCCAGCUCCGGCAGUCCGUCCCAGCGGACUCCUGACCAGGGGGGAAGAGAGCCACCAUGUCCCGGAGGAAGCAGAGCAAACCCCGGCAGAUCAAGCGUUCCCUCGGGGAUCUCGACGGUGGCGAGGAAAACACGCUGGACAGCCACAGCCUAUCAGGAGAAGAAGGCGGAGUCUCCGACCCAGAUGAUUCAUUGGAGGGCGACAGCUCCAGCCCGCCGCCAUACACGCCACUGCACAACGAAGAGCCCAAGACGCAGGACUCGCGAGGAGGCGCCAACAAUGAAGAUGAGGACGGGGACGAGCGAGGUCGGAGACACAGCGGUGGGGAGGAGGACGAGGAAGGGGAGGACGAAGAGGAGGCACAGUGGAGGGGUCCAGAUGACCUGGAGUUCAGUGAAGAAGGCGGCGAAAGCAGGGUGGUGGCCGGCAGGGACCUUCACCCGGAGACAGCGUGGGGUCCUUACCCGGGAAUCGUCCAAUCAAAGGGCAGCGCAGACGAGGAGGAGGCCGAG